CUAACGGUUGCUUGCUUGGGGGAGGGGCCCACGGUGGCACUGACCAAUGGCUGAGCAGGGCCACCGAAAGUGGGUGGUUGACAGUCGCUCACUAACGGUUGCUUGCUUGGAGGCAGGUCCACAGUUGAGCUGAGCAGGGCCGCUAUAGCUUGUGCCUGCCUCGCAGCUAUUGCACCCAGAGUAGGAAGGUGCCACACGGCGCCAGAAAGCGGCAGGGUCUGAGGAAGUCCGGGCUGCUCUAGAAUCGUCCUCCAGCCCUUGGUAGAGCCUGGUUGUCUGAGGCGGCAGACGCUGUGGCCUCAGCUGGCUUCACUGGGGAAACCAUCCUCCAUGACUCAACAGCAGAUGGCUCUUCUUUCCCGAGAAGCGAUAUUAGAUGCCCUCUUUGUUCUCUUUAAAGAAUGCAGUCAGCCGGCUCUGAUGAAGAUUAAGCACGUGAGCAACUUUGUCCAGAAGUAUUCUGAUAUCAUAGCUGAGUUGCAAGAGCUCCAACCUUCAGUGAAGGACUUUGAAGUGAGAAGUGUCGUAGGCUGCGGUCACUUUGCCGAAGUACAGGUGGUCAGAGAGAAAGCGACUGGGGAUGUCUAUGCCAUGAAAGUCAUGAAGAAGAAGGCCUUGUUGGCCCAGGAGCAGGUCUCAUAUUUCGAGGAAGAACAGAACAUAUUAUCUCGGAGUACAAGUCCUUGGAUCCCCCAGUUGCAGUACGCCUUUCAGGACAAAAAUAACCUUUAUUUGGUCAUGGAAUAUCAGCCUGGAGGGGAUUUGCUGUCACUUUUGAAUAGAUAUGAAGACCAAUUAGAUGAAAAUAUGAUUCAGUUUUACCUAGCUGAACUGAUUUUGGCUGUCCACAGUGUUCAUCAGAUGGGAUAUGUGCAUCGAGACAUCAAGCCCGAGAACAUCCUCAUUGACCGAACUGGACACAUCAAGCUGGUGGAUUUUGGAUCAGCUGCUAAAAUGAACUCAAAUAAGAUGGUAAAUGCCAAACUCCCGGUUGGGACUCCAGAUUACAUGGCCCCUGAAGUGUUGACUGUGAUGAAUGGGGAUGGAAAAGGUGCCUAUAGCCUAGACUGUGACUGGUGGUCAGUGGGAGUUAUUGCUUAUGAGAUGGUUUAUGGAAGAUGCCCAUUCACUGAAGGAACCUCAGCCAAAACCUUCAAUAACAUCAUGAAUUUCCAGCGGUUCUUGAAGUUUCCAGAUGACCCCAAAGUUAGCAGUGAAUUGCUUGAUCUAAUCCAGAGUUUGUUGUGUGGCCAGAAAGAGAGGCUGAAGUUUGAAGGCCUUUGCUGUCAUCCUUUCUUCUCCAAAAUCGACUGGAGUAACAUUCGUAACUCUCCUCCCCCCUUCGUUCCCACCCUCAAGUCUGAUGAUGACACCUCCAAUUUUGAUGAACCAGAGAAGAAUUCGUGGGUUUCAUCCUCUCCGUGCCAGCUGAACCCCUCAGGUUUCUCGGGCGAAGAACUGCCGUUUGUGGGGUUUUCGUAUAGCAAGGCACUGGGAAUUCUUGGUAGAUCUGAGUCUGUUGUGUCAAGUCUGGACUCCCCUGCCAAGACUAGCUCCAUGGAAAAGAAACUUCUUAUCAAAAGCAAAGAGCUGCAAGACUCCCAGGACAAGUGUCACAAGAUGGAGCAGGAAAUGACCCGGUUACAUCGGAGAGUGUCAGAGGUGGAGGCUGUGCUUAGUCAGAAGGAGGUGGAGCUGAAGGCCUCUGAGACUCAGAGAUCCCUCCUGGAGCAGGACCUUGCUACCUACAUCACAGAAUGCAGUAGCUUAAAGCGAAGUUUGGAGCAAGCACGGAUGGAGGUGUCCCAAGAGGACGACAAAGCACUGCAGCUCCUCCAUGAUAUCAGAGAGCAGAGCCGGAAGCUCCAGGAAAUCAAAGAGCAGGAGUACCAGGCUCAAGUGGAAGAAAUGAGGUUGAUGAUGAAUCAGUUGGAAGAGGACCUGGUUUCGGCGAGAAGGCGGAGUGACCUCUAUGAAUCAGAGCUCAGAGAGUCUCGGCUGGCUGCUGAAGAGUUUAAGCGGAAAGCAACAGAAUGUCAGCAUAAACUGAUGAAGGCUAAAGAUCAAGGGAAGCCUGAAGUGGGAGAAUAUGCCAAACUGGAGAAGAUCAAUGCUGAGCAGCAGCUCAAAAUUCAGGAGCUCCAAGAGAAGCUAGAAAAGGCCGUGAAAGCCAGCACAGAGGCUACCGAGCUGCUACAGAACAUCCGUCAGGCGAAAGAGCGGGCCGAGCGUGAGCUGGAGAAGCUGCACAACCGCGAGGACUCCUCCGAGGGCAUCAAGAAGAAGCUGGUGGAGGCCGAGGAACGCCGCCACUCUCUGGAGAACAAGGUAAAGAGGCUAGAGACCAUGGAGCGUAGAGAAAACAGACUGAAGGAUGACAUCCAGACAAAGUCCCAACAGAUCCAGCAGAUGGCUGAUAAAAUUCUGGAGCUGGAGGAGAAGCACAGGGAAGCCCAGGUCUCAGCCCAGCAUCUGGAGGUGCACCUGAAACAGAAAGAACAGCACUAUGAAGAAAAAAUUAAAGUGUUGGAUAAUCAAAUAAAGAAAGACCUAGCCGACAAGGAGACACUGGAGAACCUGAUGCAAAGACACGAAGAGGAGGCCCAUGAGAAAGGCAAAAUUCUCAGCGAGCAGAAGGCGAUGAUCAAUGCCAUGGAUUCCAAGAUCAGAUCCCUGGAACAGAGGAUAGUGGAAUUGUCGGAAGCCAAUAAACUUGCGGCCAAUAGCAGUCUUUUUACCCAGAGGAACAUGAAGGCCCAGGAAGAGAUGAUUUCAGAACUCAGGCAACAGAAGUUUUACCUGGAGACGCAAGCUGGGAAAUUGGAGGCCCAGAACCGGAAGCUGGAGGAGCAGCUGGAAAAGAUAAGCCACCAAGACCACAGUGACAAGAACCGUCUGCUGGAGCUGGAGACCAGGCUGAGGGAGGUCAGCCUAGAGCAUGAAGAGCAGAAACUGGAGCUCAAGCGCCAGCUCACAGAGCUGCAGCUCUCCCUGCAGGAGCGUGAAUCCCAGCUGGCAGCCCUGCAGGCUGCACGGGCGGCCCUGGAGAGCCAGCUCCGCCAGGCCAAGACGGAGCUGGAAGAGACGACCGCAGAAGCAGAGGAAGAGAUCCAGGCGCUUACGGUAGGAUGUGUGUGGAGCUGAGGGUAGUUGCUCACU